CACAUGAAGCACAACAUUACCAUAAAUAUUGAGCAUCUUCAAGCAAACAAGAAUGGCUCCAGCGAACCCGUCCGCGCCGCCGACUGAAAAGACAUAUUUCGAGCAACAGCGAGAAUUACUCCUUGGAGACGUCGCUGCGAGUCUAGAAAAUGUCCUCCAAAAUCUCAAUCGAUUGAAUCGGAAUUUGGAGAGUGUCAUAUCGGUCGGGAAUGAAUUCGGCCAAGUCGAAGGCCUCUGGUCACAAUUCGAGAACGUCAUGGCGAAGGAACCUGAGCGAGAGGAA